AUGUCGUGGUUCAAAUCCAACGCAGCCCCCUCUGGCGGCACCACCUCCACCUCAUUCUCCAACCCAUUCGCCAACACCGGCUCCUCACGAUGGAUCAAUAUGGACACGCAACAAGUCAAGAACUUCUCGGGAGAACUCACAGGCGAAUCCGACGCAUUCUCCAAAACGUUCGGUAUCGAACUUACUCGACAACAACGUAUGAUCGGUUUCGUUGCCUGUACUCUCGGUGGAUUUGUGCUCUCGAUCCUCGGCACAGUCCUUCUCGUUACCGGAUCAAUAUCAGUUUUCGUAGUGCUGUAUACGGUAGGAGUGCUGGUAGCUUUGACAGGAACAGGGUUUUUGAUUGGAUUCAUGAAGCAGUUCCAACAGAUGUUCAAACCGGUCCGGAUCGCGUUUACACUGGUGAUGAUCGUGGCGUUCAUCAUGGUUUGGGUGUCGGUGUUUGCGAUCGAUAGUACCAUUUUGGCGGUAAUCUUUGUUAUUGUGCUGUACGUCGCUUUCUUGCUCUAUUCGUUGAGCUAUAUUCCGUUCGUUAUCGACUUUAUCAAGAGAAUGUUGAGCAAGCUCUUCUGA